GAAAUCAGCGACACAGAGAUCCUGGAGCUUACCCACAGUGCACUGGGGCGCAUGACGGUGAUCCGGCAGAUUUUCCCCCUGUGGAAGGACAGUCACAGCCGCUGCAUGAGGCAGAACCACCGGAUCUCCUCGCUGCUGUGCGACCCGCAGGAGGGCUACCUGCAGAACCUGGAGGUGUCGAACCUCUACCUGUACGACAGCGUGCUGAUGCUGGCUAACGCCUUCUACAGGAAGCUGGAGGACAGGAAGUGGCACAGCAUGGCAAGUCUGAACUGCAUCAGAAAGUCCACCAAACCGUGGAACGGAGGCUGGUCGAUGCUGGAGACCAUUCAGAAGGGGAAUAUCACAGGUCUGACGGGGACGAUGGACUUUAAGGACAGCGGCUCAAACUCUCAUGUCCAGUUUGAGAUCCUCGGCUCCAGUUUCAGCGAGACCUUCGGCAAGGACAUCAAGAGGCUGGCCACGUGGGACUCUGUUCACGGACUGAACGGCAGCCUGAAGGAGAGCCGGAUAGAGAACGGCAUGCAGGGAGUGACAGUGAAAGUGGUCACCUUACUGGAGGAUCCCUUCGUCAUGGUGGCAGAGAACAUCCUCGGGCAGCCUAAGAGGUAUAAAGGAUUCUCCAUCGACGUCCUGGACGCCCUCGCCAAGAUCCUGGGCUUCAAGUAUGAGAUCUACCAGCUCCUUCCAGGACCUGGCGAGGCAGAUCGASGUGGACUACGGCACGGUGAGGGACUCCGCCGUCUACGACUACUUCAUGAACAAAGGCACCAACCCUCUGGAGCAGGACAGCACCUACGCAGAGCUGUGGAGGACCAUCAGCAGGAACAACGGCAUGGACUACUCCGUGUCCAGCCCGUCGGAGGGCAUCCGCAAGGUUGGUGUCCCCGGGUGUGAACCAGGCUUCAGUUCUUACUGCACCAAGAGAGCAACAUGUGAUUUUUGUGACUCACUUGUUUUUUUCCCCUCCUCCAGGAUCUUAGAGCUGCAGGAGAAAGGUGAUCUGGACAUCAUGAAGCAGAAGUGGUGGCCCCGCACCGGCCGCUGCGACCUCAGCAGCCACGCCAGCGCCCACCCAGACGGCCGCUCCCUCAAGCUGCACAGCUUCGCCGGCAUCUUCUGCAUCCUGGCCGCCGGCCUGCUGCUGGCCUGCCUGGUGGCCGGGCUGGAGGCGUGGUGGAACAGCAACCGCUGCCGCCAGGAGCAGCCCAAAGAGGACAAGGAGGUGAACCUGGAACAGGUGCAUCGUCGUAUGAACAGUCUUUUGGACGAGGACUUGGCCCACAAGCAGAUCCCCGGCCCCUCUAUCGAGAUCUCUGCGCUGGACAUCGGCAGCAUGCAGCCCAGCCAGGCCUCUCUGGUACCGGGCCCGGAGUCCAGGCGGGACUACCCGCCCUCGGGCCUCGCUGUGACCACCUACCUGCCCGGGGAGGGGGUGCCGCCUCCCCAUCUUCCCCAUCCUCACCAUGGGGGGACCCUAGGCAGGACACUUCCCCCAUCCCAGGUCCCUGGCAGCACCACGUUGCCCCCACACCACCCACUCAGCAGCACCAUGCAGUGCAAACACCGGGCCCCCAACGGGGGGUUGUUCCGGCAGAGUCCUGGCAAGAUACCAAUGUCCUACCAGGCAGUCUCCGGAGGACCCAUACCCGAAGCCAUUGACCCCACCCACAGUACAUCCAUAUAGACAGAACCUGUGGAUGUGAGGCGGGUCGGGAAGCUUCACAAGGAAAAAAACACAAAUGUACAAAGUCAAAAAAGAGAUUUUUUUAUAUCGAACCAACUGUUCCGAAAAAAAAAAAAAAAAAAAAAAACUAAAAAUUUGAGUCCUUGGGCGAGUUGGCGGCUGUAAUUUUUCUCCUGUAGAUUUCUGUAAAUAUCAAGACAACAAGUGAAGUCAAAGUGUAUUUUGAAUAUUCUCAAUUUUUGAAGUUGAGUUAUAAAAACAAAAACAGAUAAAAACAUAAAUAUAAAUAUAUAUAUAAAUACAUUGACGAAAAGUUCAGACUGUUUGAACGGCUUUGUAAAUUUUCUUCAAUUAAAACAAUGACGCGGA